AUGAUAUACUAUAUUGAUAAACUUAGAAGGAAGAAUGAUAAGAUAAAUAAACCACUUGGACGAUUGCGUUUCUCAGUAAUUAAAUUAACCCUACGUAGCGGUCAUAAACGCUCUGAUAAAUCUCAAGAAAAAUCAAUGUACUACAAUCGUGGUGGAAAUCAUUUAAAGGAAUAUCGGUCAGCGUCACCCAGAAGCGACAAGUACUGCAGGGAUGAUGUGACUCCUGAUAGUCAAUACAAUCCAACUCAUAUUCGGGAUGACGUUAUCGAUCAUAGAAUGGCCCAGGAAUUACAAGAUCAGGAACUAGCCCGUAUGCUAUGGAAGCAGGAAAUUCAGUUAGCUAGGAGAAGACAUGAGCAUGAAUAUCGCAGAACACACAGCAAUAAUAGUAAUAAUAGUAAUAAGUAUAACCAUAAUGGCAAUGUUAAUCCUCAUGAUAAAAGAUCGCCUAGUUCUAGUAGUAGCCAAUAUAGUGAUAGCCCAAGCCAAUCAAAUGUUAUCGCACAGCCUGUAUCUGGUGGAUUUGCUGCCAACAGCAGUGGAAAUGAUGAUCACCGCCAGCAUCGCAAUCAUCGUCGUAACGGUAAUCAGCGAAUGUAUUAUGACAAUGGCAAUAAUGGGCAUGAUGGUGGUCAAUCCUAUUAUGAUAAUCACAGUAAUAAACAAUAUCGAUAUCGUAAGGAAUAUCCGGAAUUUCAAACUUCCGAUCGAUCUUCUAAUAGCGAUUUUCAAGGUUCCGAAGAUGGAGAUAUUCAUCAUGGCAUGAGUGAUAUAGAUUGGAAUCCAAUGAAGCAUAGACCUAGGAGACAAGCGCAGUCUGAUAGUUCUCAAUCUCAAGAUAAUAGCUUUGAAAGUAGUAAUCGUACUCACUUACCCAAGCAAUUUAGGAAUGAGUUUAUUCCACGGUCUCAAUUUAUAACAGAAGAAAAUAACCGAGAAUAUGACUUAUCAUCACGUUUUCGUAAUAGCGAUGGAGGUAAACGAUGGGAUAUGAAUCGCAAGGCAGCAUCUAAACUGCAUCGGCAGAAUCAUGAAUUUCCCUUAAAUUCAUCUCAUAAUAUGCCUGUUAGCAAUACCGUAAACGAUUUUCGUUCACCUAUUCCCCAUAAUAAUGAUCAUCAUGCUCAGCGUUCCAUUCAUUUACCUAACGGCAAAGCUACGAAGCAAGAAAAAGCACAAUCAAAUGGUGUAAAUGGUUAUAGUAGAGAUGAUCCAUCUACUCCAAAUGGAAGGAAUCAACCAUCUAAGGCCAUAAAUAAUAGCGAUGAAUUUGAACAUGAAUAUGAAAUUGUUGAACCGGAGGACAUUAACAGUAUUGUAACGCGCAAUAUUCAGGGACCCCAAAAAACAACAUCCAAUGUUUUAGCAGCAAUUGAUCCUACCGUGAAUAAGUAUGGCGUAGCCAUAUCAGAUCGUCCUAAUAAUUUAGAUUAUGAGAACAGCAAGAAGAAGCAAUUUGCUGUACGACAAAUUGUGAGUCGAGAAGAUGCGAUCGCCAUGUUGCAAGCCGGUUCACCUGUACUAUCUCAGCAACUUGUUGUAGCUAAGAGACGUGUAUCGCCAAGUAAGACUAAUAGCAGUCCACUGGGAGAUGACAGGCCUAAAUCGAAAGUUAAAGAGUUCUUUCAAAAUCUUAAUCAUAAGAAAGGGAAGACGAGUAAAUAA